AUGUGAUUGAGGUUAGAAUAUUAGAAAUGCUGUUUUGAUUAAUUUAUGGUAUCUAUUAUUAAUUAUUCAGUGAUUACUGUGAUUUUGCAAUUAAAUUUUACGAUUCCAAAGUUUCCAUUAAGAAGAAAAUGUUCAAUAGUUAGCUCAGUUUUCCGGGACGUUCAAGUUUAUCCAGUUUCUCUUGAGCUGGAUGUGUUUUAGGUUUCAUCCUGUGUUCAUGCGAAGACAUCUGAGAUUAUGUACAGUAAACCUUACUAUCUGAUGAGCCAGUAGAGCCUUUUUGAUGUUUGUCAAACAAAAACCUAAGAACUUUUACUAAGCCAUGAGCAUCCUUUAAAGCUGCAGAACUGUUAUUUGUGACCAUGGAUGAAGUCACUAAAGAAGAUAUCAAGUACCAGUUUCUUAAUGUCUUCGAAGAUUUACUAUCGGACUUGAAGAAUGCGAAAAAUGUCAGACCCGAAACUGAAAAUGAUAACGACGACGAUGUAAUAACUCUUGCUCCUGAGAUAAAGAAACCUGCCCCGGCCCCGGUUUACAAAACAAGAGGUCGCCCCAGAAAGAACGAUUCCGUUGACUCCUUCCUUGAAUUGAAAGCAACCAGGGCCAAGAGAAAGCAGCCCUCAGGCCGUCAGACUGACAUAAGAGCAAGUUUCAACUCUAGUUUCAACUCCGUUAACAAUGAGGGGCCCAUCCACGUUGUUGCAGAUGUUCAUCGAGACUCGUCACAACCGAUCGAAGCUUCAGCUCAUUUCAAGAAGAAAUCAGCUACGAGUGAUGAAAUAUUCGAUAGUUUGUUGGACAAAAAAUCAAAAGAAACAGAAAUCAGUUGCAGUCAGGAAUCAGAUGACUAUUUCCAAGUCUCUAAAAAACCACGCAAGUCUUAUCCAGGUGCAAAAUCAAGUACUGCGAUGAGUACUAAGAGAACGAGCCGAGGAAGUGUUCGUAAAAGUACAGAAAGUGUCCAUCUUGACUCAGAGUUAGAUUUUAAAGAAUUCAAAGGGCAGUUGAAGAAGAACCUUGGCUCGCUGACAAGUAAAUUCUCUAAAAGUCCCAACAGUAAAGAAGACUCCCCCGAAACAGAUAAACUGAGAUCAUCACCCGGCUGGUCUCGAGUAAAAGCAGUUGCAAAAGACUUCAAAGGAUCUAGUUACAAAAAGCCUUUAAAUAUUAGUAUUAACAAGCCAAGACUGAGUUCCUCAAAAUCUUCCAGUUUCGUUGCAGGUGCUUCAAAAGCAGCCAACUCCUCUUUGAAUCAAUCUACCUCAGACUCUGAUCUGUCAGACUUGCGCUAUUUUGACAGCCCAGAAGCCGCAAAACGUUACAAAUUGAUGAAACACGUAGUUGAUUUAACUGAGAAAAAAGACCAAAAUAAUGAUUCAGGCGUUGAAAUCGAUCCAUCAAUGAAAGAAUUGGCUGAAAAUUUAGCCAAAAACAGAGACGCAUAUGUGCAGAACCUGAUCAGCUGUGUGAAUAAUAAAAUGUCCAGAAGAAGUGCUACCAAAAGUACUGAUUGUACGAAGAAAGCAUCCCCUGUUAAAGAUAGUGAGAAAAUAAUAAAUGAAGAUGAUAAGACACCCUCCAAACCCAAAGUACAAAACAACGAAGCUCAAAAAUCCAAGUCACCUGAAAAUAUCAUCGAUGCAUCUGACCCGAUGGAAUUUGAUAAUCAAGAAACGCAAUUUGAUUUCCAACCAACGACUGAGAAAAUUUAUGAUGGUGCUGAAAAUAAUAUAGCUAAGUCACCCUUGAGCACAAAAAAGCAUAUAGAAUCACCCCUCAGAAGAAAUCAAAGUAAGGAAAAUGGGUCACCAAUAAACUCUGAAAAACCUCUGGUUUCCUCACAAGAAGAAAUAUUUAGUGACGAUUCAAAGUCUCCGUCAAGUCCUGGAAAACUCUUUGAUCCAUCUCAGAAUGAAGGUAAAAAGAAAGAAGUUCAAUCGCCCUCAAGCCCAGAGAAGGCAGUGCAACCGGAGGACAAACGCAGGCCAAGAACGCCACUCAAGUCUGGAGCAUUUAAAUAUCGUUCACCAUCAAAACCAUGCUCAGAAAAUUCUGUAGUGUGCAUCGGAGAGUUUGAGUGUACGUCCCAGUCUGCGGAAGAUGUUGCCAGCAAUGAAAAACGGAAUCCUACUAGGGAACUACGUGAUGUGUCUAAAAAAGAUGAUGUGUUAGAACUUUCAAAUUGUGAUGUUUCAGAAGCGCGUAUUCCCAGGGAUGAACAAAGGAAAUCAAAUGAACUCGCUCGCAAGAAAUUGAACACAAAGUCUCAGGAUCUUGAUGACCUUCUGACACAAAUUCUUCCUCAAAGCUCUGGGAGCUCAGCAUCCAAUGAGGUCCACUAUGAAGCAACAAUACCCUUGGUAUCAAGUCAGAAUCUUUGUUCUAGGUGUAAAUGCACCGUUACAAACUUAGCCGGAAAGGAAGACAACAGUGUGAACAGCAAUCCUAAACUUUUUGAUUCAGAAAAUCAAGAAAAUUCUCCCACCGAACCCAAAAAAAUCCUAAAAGACGCCUGUGUUCAAACUGAGGAUGUUACAAUAGUACAUUCACGAACUACAAAAGAAAGCGGUGUUCAAACAGUGCCCUUGUCGCAGUCAUUAGAAACUGUGCCUUGCAAAGACAUGACUGAAGAAAAAUUAAUGCGGCUAAAAGAUGAAUAUAUCUUACAAACCAUGAAAUCGUUAAUGAUCCAAGCUAGUCAUAAGCUCACUCUCAAUGAUCUGUAUAAUUUAGGCUUGGAACAGGAAAACGAAAGGCCGAGAAAAAAACUCAGAGAAAUCACGCAGAAUUCAUCAAGGCUUGAGGAAGAUGCGAACAGAUUAGAAUCUCUCCUUCUUCAGCCGAGGUCUUUUUCGGCAAAUCGAAUCACCAAUGAUAACAGCAUGCACCCUCCAACGGAUCAGAGAACGCCACAGAAUCAGGUGAUAAAGAGAAAAACAGCGUCAGACAUGAAAUACACAGCUGUGUCAACCCCAUCAUCCAGUGAGCGAAAAUUAUUGGACGACUCAAAGUUUAUAAACCGAUCCACGGUCUGCCCGAAGGAUGUGACAAUUUGUGAAACAGAAGAAGCUCAUCCAGCCGACGAUUCAAUGAUGAAAGAUGUUGUGCCCAUGGAAGUUGAAGAGGACUUGCCGACAAUUGUAAAAUCUGCAGAAACAAGAGAAAAUAUGCCUCCGAAACCAGAAGAAAUUGACACCAGCCGAUUAGAUAUUGUUAGAAUUAGAGACAAAAUGAAUUCGUCUUGUUCAAAUGACUCUCUGGUUCUGAGUUCAAGAAAGGCUGCUCACCGUUCCUUGAAUUUCCAAAGCUUUUUUGCUAGAGCGAGUGAUAGCACACCCUCUAGCCCUCCAAAAGCUGUAAAUAGUGAUGGAAAGACAGAGUCAUAUUUCUCCAGUGAGUGCAAUGGAAUAAGAACAGAAGAUGAGGGUGACUCGAAAAAGCGAUCUCCUAUGGAUCUUAAAUCAGACAAUAGUAACUCAAUCCUUCAUGACCAACAAGUUAAUACGCAGUUCCCUGAAGAUACCAUGAAGCACUCGUCUAAUUUCUCAAAUCCAAUGGACACUCAGAAACCAGAUGAAGGCAACGAAACCGGUAUCGUAGAGAACUCUGAUGAUGAAUCAAUCAUCCAAGCAACUCCUAAGAAAUUUGGCGCUGAGUCGUCUCUAACACCUGACAUGCUGUCAUCACAAAACUCACAAGUAACAAAGCAAAAUGAUGGUGAUUUGCAUCCAGCCUUUGAAGCUGAAAAUUCUGAUUCUCAUAGACCCGCUGAAACUAACGCAGCUGCAAGGAAUUGCCCUCCUGACUCGGAUAAUAGCGUUACUAAACAUACAAAUUCCAUUGACUCACAAGUCAAUGAAAUACCCUCGUCUAUUCUCCCAACUGCUGAGGAUUGUUAUCCAAAGCAGACAGAAAGGAGAAACAGCUUCUUCAAUCCUCAGCUGCCACACCAAGUUCAGAAUGUUGAGAGACUGUCUCGCGAGUUCAUAAUGAAUCAUAACCCUCAGCCUGUCCACCCGCCCGUCCACAAUUACGACGAAGGCAAGAGCCAUACAUCGGAGUUGGCCCUCUCCCAAGACCUGGUUGAGCAGCGAAGACUCUUCAUAACAACCUCUGGACUUCAAAAAUCAGCUUUGAUGGGCGUACAAGAAUUUUGCAAGAGAUUCAAUUGCGUCUACGAAAGCGAGAUCACAGAAAGAACCACACAUCUAGUCGUUCGAACCAACCAAAAUAGAGCCCUGAGCACAAUGAAAUUUAUUUUAGCCGUUGCCAUGCACAAGCUGGUCGUUACUUUGGAUUGGAUGUCAUCGUGCAUGAAAGCAGGAGAGCUAAUUCCAGAGUCUCCUUUUAUUCCAUUAAGCAGCUCGGGUCGAGCAGGACCACUCAAUUCCCUGUUGGACAAAACGAAUGCUGUGUCCUCUCCCCUUUUUAGGCAGUUUAUCGUGCACAUAGUGGGACCGUUUGUCAUGUUCAAAAAAGAAAAUUUGAUGGAUCUGCUUCUGUUUAGCGGGGCAAAAAUUGCGGAAAGCUACCCUGAUUUAGCUGCUGAUCGAAGCCGAAUCAGAUUAGUGCUCAUCAAUAGCAAAAGUGCUGAAGAAAAGUGCUCUUUUUAUUGCGAUGUCAUGCAAAGGUACAAAGCCUUUGUCCUCUUGCACGACUGGGCGAUCGAAUCUGUUUCAAACUAUAAAGUUGAACCGUUCAGCAAUCACAAUCCCUUACCGGUAGUCUACAGUUUCGAAAUGAUCAAUAAUUUCCUUAUUCCUGGUUACAUUAAGGACCAGGCUUUGCGCUACUUUGAAAGUCAUGACGACAGCUUUGAUGAAACUUCGGAAUUGUCUAGUCAAGCUUAGGGCAAUGCAAAUUCAGCAAGUAUCAACUUUCUUCAUCAUGUAGAAAAUGUUGUUAAAUAUGUAAUUCCAGCAAAAAAAACUUUUUUUGUAUUCAUUGAAAUUAUUGAUUUGUAAGUGAGAAAAUGUUCCACUCUAAUUUUUUUAUCAUUUAAUCAUUCAAAUGAAAAAAGAACAAAAAUUUCAAGUAUGGUACAGUGUCUACAGAGGAUACUUAAAUUAUUUUCUCGGUGUUGUUUCCCAUGCGAAAUGUUAUUUUUUAGUUUUAAGAUGUUUGGAAAAUCAAAGCUUUCAAAAUCUAUUUUUCUAAAAGUGUAAUAUUUGCCAAAGGGUCUGCCGCACACUGGAGACGUAGCUAAUUAUGUUUAUAUUUCACAAGUAAUAUCGCACAAAAAUCACACUGAGGACAUCAUAAAUAUCUAAAAUACUCUUCAGAAUGCACCAUCCGCCAGUCCAUUUUUCACAAUUUAAAAUUUACCGCGUCUGCAAGUACAUUUUCUUAGUUCCAGGCAAUGAGGCAACCAAGUGAAAUGAACAAUCCUGUAAGUUGUCAAAUCUUCCUAACAUAGACUUGAAAAUUUUUCGAGCAUUUGUUUUUUUUUCUUUUUCCUCUAAAUGAAGAAAAAACAUUUGCUUUUAAACAGUUUAUAUUAUUUGUGAGGAAUAUUGAUAAUAGUUUGCUCAAGAUUUCAUUUACGUCAAGCUUUCCUCAGACAAACUUGUUUGAAACCUGGGCGAUGUAGAAAAUACUGCUUGCAAAUGUGGUGAAUUUGAAAUUACAUAAUAUGGACCACUUACGUGACUUGUCCAUAUUGGAGUAUAUUUCAUGUAUUUCUGAUCUGCCCAACGUGAUUUUUAAGCAAUUUUACCUCAUUAAGUCUACUCAGUUGGCUGUAUCCCCUCUGUGCAACAGACCCAUCGAUGGCACUGCUGGAUGUUGAGGUUUCUGCUCAGGAAAAAUUACUUCUAAGGUAGAUUAUUGAAUUCUCAGAAUCGCUCUGUCUGAACAGGUAAAACUUGUGGGGUUUUUUCCUUCUUUUGUAUUCUAAAGUUUUGAAAGUCAAUUAAUAUAAUUUCGACUAAUGAGUCGAGUAAAAUUGCACACAAAUAGUGCAAAGAACAUAAAAAUGUCUAAAAUACUCUCCAAAACUCACUAUCUGUUUAGUCCAUAUUCCAAAAUUUAAAAUUUACUGUGUCCUAAAUUAAACUAACUGAUUUAUGCCUGUCCAGAAGCAUUUAAAAAACAGAUGUUCGUCUAAUGCUUGUCUGUUGACAAUUCAACAGAGCCCAUUAAUAAAUAAGGAUGUAUGUAGUUGUUUUUUUCCAUUCUUAUUCGGAUGCAAUUACGCCAAAAGCAGGGUUGCUUCUGUCAGAGACCACUGGGAAAUGUCAGGGAAUUUUAAAAACUUAUAGAAAACCUGGCAAUUUUAGGGAAAAUAAUGAAAGUGUCUGGGAAAAAUUGUCAAGUCACUUUUAUUUGCUUUCUAGAAUGGGUUUGACGUUUUGAACAACAAACUUUGUCAAAUUAUGUAUAAUAAUCACCAAGCAUUUUUUAAAUUAUGUAUUUUUUGUAAUUAUUGUCUUUUAUACAUAUCCUCAAUAAUUGUCAAGGAAUUUUACCUAAUUGUGUAAGGGAAUUCUGUCUUUUUAUGCAUAUCUUCAACUGUCAGGGAAUUUUACCAAAAUAUAUCAAGGAAUCUUCAUUUUAUAAAUUCUAUGGCAACUCAAGAGAAGUGAUCUUCCCAUACCACCCACUCCUUUACCUCCAAAAUGUAUUGAGACUUAAAUAAUUUUUUGCACAUUAUGAAGUAAAAAAGGGGUAAAAACUUCUUCGCAAAAAGAAAUGCAUAUGAAGUAGUGCUCUGUAUUUUUAAAAAAAUGAACAGAUUUUUUCAACCCUAUUGGGCACGUCAUUUAAUGCAGAAAAUUUGUCUGCAACUCAGUUAGGAAUCGCUGAUUUUUAAAACUAACACCUUUCAUCCAGCAGUGUUCUAAUUGUUAUUCUGAUUAAUGUGUAGAAAUCAUAACUCAGUUGUAAGUUUAACUUUGUAUCAUGCCAUUUUUCCUGUUUCAUUAUUAUUGUAAAAAAAAGUUGUAUGUAUAGCUUUUCUAAAUUA